GUCGAAGAAGUAUUCGACGAAUAUAUCGUCAACGAGAUACCAAUUCGCCUAAUUCAUAUCAGCAACGAUGGCCAGGGGCUGAAUUUCAAACUCGUGGACAGAAAUUUCGUCAAGGAGCACUUCAAAUCAGUCCCCGGCGAGAUUUACAGAGAAUUUUGCAACGAAAGGCUCGUGGACAGGGAGGGCCGUAUCAGGGAGCGGAUGAAGGAGACAUUCAAAUAUGCUAUCUUCUCCCAUCGGUGGCUGUUCAGCGAGCCUUCGUAUCAAGAUAUGCCGACGGAGCCAAUGAAAGUCCAGGCUGAGCUCGAGCCUAAGUGGAAGAAGCUUCAAGAAUUUUGUCGCAAAGCGAAGGUUGACCAUGGUUGCGAAUUUGCCUGGUCAGACACGUGCUGCAUAGACAAAACAAGGAGCGCGGAGUUGGACGAAUCCAUCCGCUCCAUGUUUCGCUGGUACAGAAAUUCCCACAUAUGCAUCGUACACCUGUCGGGGACGGAAGACCUUGCAGCUCUUGAAAGGCAGCAGAGGGGUGGAACAAAGAUCGAUGUUUGGUUCACAAGAGGAUGGACACUUCAAGAGCUCCUGGCUCCAUCGCAAAUCAAGUUUUACGGAACGAACUGGCAGCCCCUCGUACCACUUCAUGACUCCAAGAGCGACAGAGUUAGCGAUAUCAUCAUGCGAAAGAUAGAGAAAAUCACAAACAUUCCUCUCAGAGAUCUUAAAUCGUUCAGUCCCGGCACAAAUCGAGUGCCGGAAAAGAUGUUGUGGGCCUCGAAGAGGAGAACGACCCGCGUCGAAGAUAUUGCAUAUUGCCUCAUUGGAAUAUUUGAUGUCAGCCUCAUGAUCGCGUACGGGGAGGGGAACAGGGCCUUCUUUCGUCUGAUGGAGGAGAUAAUGAAGAGAUAUGACAAAUGGGACGUGUUUCUCUGG